UACACCCAUUUGACCUAGUGGUUACUCAAAGCGCGAAGUUAAUUUACCCGCGCUAGUUUGUCCCCGCGGUCGCCUCGUAAACCGUUUGCAACGCAGCGCGUCCCAUGGGUCUCCAGGCGCAGCUAUGGUCACCAGUGUGGCCGCCAAAGAGGCGCUGCGCUAUGCCGAAUACCUGCCCCCUUCCACCCAAAGGCCGGAUGCAGACAUCGACCACGACGCGGGAAGAAGGCUGAUAGCGGUAGGACUAGGUGUUGCGGCUGUUGCAUUUGCAGGUCGCUAUACAUUUCAAAUCUGGAAGCCUCUACAACAAGUAAUCACCGAAACAGCAAGGAAGAUUUCGUCACCGAGCCUUUCAUCCUACUAUAAAGGAGGAUUUGAGCCGAAAAUGAGUAGGCGAGAAGCUAGUCUUAUUUUAGAUGUAAGUCAAUCUGCUAGCAAGGCCAAGAUUCAAGCAGCAUUCAAUAAAAUGAUGAGGUUGAACCAUCCAGACCGAGGUGGAUCUGGUUACUUAGCAGGAAAAAUAAUUGAAGCAAAGAACUUGCUACUAUCAUUCACCAAACUUAAGUGAUGCUGAAGGACCAUACCCAAGGGAAACAAACUGCAAAGCACUAAAGUCCUACAGAAGAACGUGGAACAUCGUCCUGCUUCCCAUUGACCAAAUCUGUCCUUCUGUCAUUAAGUGUGCAGCAAUAAAAAACAUGCGGCCUUGCUCUUCAUUCCCUUCGAAGGGGAGGGAAUUUGUACAUUCUGAAGCUGGUGCUUUGCCACAUUAUUCCAUUGUAAUAUUAUACUUCUAAAGACUUCGGUGAUGUUAGUCUAACUCUCUCUCUCUGCCCCAACCUACACAGAAAGGUAUAACUAACCGUCAUGAUGGCAUGGGAUCUGUGAACAGAGCUGAAGUUCUCUUCUUUGUGGUUUUGCAUAUGCCCUCGCUUUAGAAGAAUUGGGGACUGUUUCAAUGUCAAGGGACUUUAAAUGUUUGAGUCCAAAAUGUAUCUAAUUUACUAAAUCGUGAUUUCAGGGCAGUCGCUGGAACUUGAAAGGGCACUCUGCUCUCUGAAACCCUUAGCUAUAGCUAAAGCAUGAGGACCUGGAGAACUACUAACAUGAUUACAGGUUUACAAUUAGCCCUACGAGGUAAGGCUGGAAAAGCCGAUUCGAUUAUUCUUAGUGGUGCCAAUCCGCAGUGUAAUAGAAAAGGUGGAUCAUUUAGUUAGAGAAAAAGAAUGUUAAAUGUAGCAGGCGUUGUGCUUUGUUUUGUUUUUAGCCCUCAGAGCAUAUCCUGUGUUUUGUUUGAACAAUAUUUAAAACCAAAGUUUUACAUAGUAAUAUGUUUCACCAAGAUGGGUAAAGGUGCAAAAUUAUCGGCACCUUGAGGACCAGCGUGGAGUCUGAAGGGAGCCCACAGAGUCCGUGGACUAUCCACCACUCAACUUGAUUUCCUAUCUGAGGGAGUAAAACUUCAUUCUAUGGGGCUGGCAAAAAUGGGGGAAGCCACACAUAGACUCUUAAGGUCUUUCUCUGUGCUUGUCCAUUUCUCGCUUAGUGUUUAUUAAUUAACACAAUCUUUCCAGCAAUAUAGAAAUUUGAAGUAGUUACAUUCUUCUUUUCAAGUGAAUGGUUAUAAUGAAUUACAGGUUAAAAAAACAUGUUUCCCAUUUCCCUUACAUGAUUAAACAUCCUACAUAUUAUAGACGAAAAACAAAUUAUCCCAAGAUAAUGUUCAUAUUCUAUAUAUGUUCAUAUCCAAGCAACUUGUUAUAGAUUAACAGAGUGUAAGCAAGCAAAGUAUUUUUCCCAACCGGUUCUUUUACUGGCAGGCUGCCUUGUGCAGUUACAAAGAAAGUAUCAAUCAUGUUAUAUCUUAUCUCAAAAGGUGAUCUUAUAAACAAUCUUAAAAGAAUCGUAGUCCUAAACUUUUAGAUAUGAAAAACAAUCAGUCAUCUCUACUUUAAAUCCUCAGGGUGCGUACCCACUCAUCAACGGCCAGGAAGCUGAGAGCAGAAACGGGUACAAGGAAUUAAUCAUCAUCUUUGAUCACCAGCCAAUCAGCAAGAAAGGUACAGCAGUCAAUAAGAACUGGGCUGCUUUGUUCUUGUUCACUAACCGUAAUGAGUCUUUCCCUCAACUCUGUGCCUUCCCAAACUCCAGAUUGUUUCCCAAGGCUUUUCACCUCAAAGCUAUUAACAAAAACAUCUUAAUCUAGCCGUAAGUCAUAUUUUAAAGCUUUGUUUUAGCUACAGUGCACAUUGAAAUCUGUGAACACAUCUUCCAACAUUAAGAUUAAAAGAACUUGAGCUAAUUUAGCUUAUGGGAUGCAAUCGUUUUUCUUAAUUAUUAACCUAAGCCGCAGUCUAUACGACUCCUCAAGAGAAACUAGCCGUGUGACAUUGCCUUGUUCUGUUUUUCUAUCCUCUGCAGGCCCUGUUUGAUCAGGGGUGGGGGCAACACCAAAUCUUUCUUUUUUUUCCUAUAUUAGUUUUUCCACUAAGGUAACCUCUAGCGCAAUCCCUCGCUCUAUUUUUUUAAAGGCCCUCAAUCAUCAAAAUCCUAUAUAAACUAUUAUUGUAUAAAAUCAUCGCUUCAGUUAAACAGUACAUCUUAGGAAGAAAUCAUCUUCAUAAUAAUCCACAAAUUAAAACAACUAGUAGAAUGGGACACUCCCGUGAGGUAAUCAUACCUCAUUAAAGACAAGGGGAUCUCCCCUCACCCACUCACAGCAUGCCAGAUAGCAGAGAAAAAUGCAGCAACCAACACGUGAAGAUACAGCAGUAGCAAGAGACAUUUUGGGGCCAAGGCUCCUGCGGCCUUACCUGUCUGAGAGUCAACCAACCCCCAGUGUCUUGAAUUCCUGUGGACUGAUCCCCUGCUGCCCCUCUGACAUGGCCACCAGCACAAAAUACAUUCAUUCUUAAAAUGCAAAUGUUCAGACUAAGUAGAAGACAUACUUUGAAACAUGGGUGACUUUUGCCACAUACUUUUUUCUGUUAACAAGAAAAUCCAAGAAUUGUGUUACUUAUGAUUACCCAACAAGGCCAUUGAAGAUUCCAUGCCUGUGUGGGAGAAUUUUUUGGUUGUCAUGGGAAACCUUGAAUACAGAAAACAGCUUUCUGCGAUUUAUCUUCAGCACAUUUCAUAAUUAGCUUAAAAUAGUUUAAUGACAUUUGUGGGAACAGAUGAAUCAGCCAGAUCCUUAAUGUCACAAAUAAGAGGUUUCUGUGACUCAGUCAACUUAGGGUGAGCUGUUGAGACCAGGGAGUCUGCUCACUCCCUCAACUCUUCCCCAAUGCAGGCCUCCGGACUACAGGAGGAUUUGACCGAGAGGUGUGCAUCAUCAGCAUCCUUCCUUCUUUCUAACGAAAGGGCAACCCAAGGAGCCUAGCUAUUAUUAGUAGGUCAGUAUCAACUAGUUAUCAAAAGCAUUUUGUGAAUUAUGGGCCAAAAUUUUAUUUUUUGUGUAGUUACACACAUUAGGAAAUUAAAAUUUCUACCAGUAUAAUUUAUUAGCUGGAACUUUUGAACGGGUUCUCUGACCUCAUUUUUAUAGGUAGAAUCUUAGUGAUCUGAAUCGCUGCCUACAAGCAAAAUUGCUAGGCAUGGUAGACAAAGAAAAUGUUCCUUCUAAUGAUUUUUAUGAGCUGAGUAGCUUUUGUUCCCAGUUGAGUGCUUCUUUUUUCCUUUUAUUGUUGCUGAGCAAAAUAUUAUAUAUAUAAGAUUUUUUUAAAAAAAUGAAAGUUCUUGCUCAAUUAAAAUGCAAGUUCGUUAAAGUCAUGUUUGGUUCUCUUCCUGCCAUGCUAACCUCUCCUGCUGUGGUCUGGUCAGCAGUACCCAGCAGCACCUUCAACACUGAAAUCUGAGCUGGCAUCUCCUAAGCUCUAACUUUGUAAAAGCCAAGAAACCACUUAAUUUUCACAAGCUUUUUAUUGAUAUGUUUGUUUUUAGGUAGUUUAUGUGUAUGAAUGUUUUGUCUGCAUGGAUGUCUAUGUACCUCAUGCAUGCCUGGUACUUAAGGAGAUCAAAAUAAUUGGAACUGAAGUUAGGGAUGGUUAUGAGCCACUGUGUAGGUAAUGGGAACCAAACCCAGGUUCUCUACAAGAGCAAUAAAUACUGUUAACCUCUGACCCCUCCAGCCCCACAAACUAUUUUGAUUAUACCUAAUAUUUGUUGAAUACCUUUGCAAACAUUCUACCUGUGGAAACCCAAAAAUGUAAGCUUAUACCACCUUAUCUGAAGGUCGGAGAGUCUGAGCUUAUUUUUCCUCUGUCAAAGUUGUUGACAACAGGUGUGGCUACAGAACAAGAGACCCUGACCUAGGGUGUGGUUACUUGGUGUUUUGGACGUCAAGGUGGCCCGCAGAGGUAGAUCCACUUCACCCUGACUAAAGGUCAAAGUUUUCAAGUACUUCUGCUCCUUUUAAAAUAGGUUUGACUUAGGGAGUGGCUGCCUGCAGGUCACUGGGUCUAGGGUGUGUUCACUGCCCCAGACAUUAAAUGCUUUUCUCAGGAAUUAAUGACUUGAUGUCUCAAGUAUUGAAACUGUUCUGGUUAUCCUUUGUGCCUGUUAAAGCAGUCUUUUGCCUUCUUCCCCCACUUUUGCACUGGGGUGUAAAAGUAUAUGGAAAAUAAA